AUGGUUGAUGACUGGGUUAUUAAAACUAUGUAUGCGACAAAACGGCGCAGAAAAAAUCCUAAAAGUAAUAAACCAACAUGUUCAGCUGUAAUUCAACCAGAUCAUAAUGUGAAAUCUAAUCCAAGCAAAAGGCAUCGUGAACGUUUAAAUUCAGAAUUAGAACAUUUAGCAAGUCUAUUACCAUUUGAACAAAAUGUUAUUGUGAAAUUGGAUAAAUUAUCUAUUCUACGAUUGGCCGUCUCUUAUCUUCGUAUUAAGUGUUACUUUCAUGCUUUAUCAUUUGAUCGAUUAGUAACAGAGAAUAGACUUGUUUCGCACUUGUAUCAUUGUCCGUUUGAUUUGACUAGAAUUGAAGGAGAAGCUUGUUUACAAGCUUUAAAUGGAUUUAUAUUUAUUAUGUCCUGUGAUGGUGAAGUAUUUUCUGUAUCAAGAACUGUGGAGCAUUAUUUAGGUUUUCAUCAGGCUGAUAUUUUGCAUCAAAGUGUAUUGGAGUUGAUUCAUUCAGAAGAUAGAGAGGAAUUUCGAAGACAACUAUCAUGGAAAUCAAUGCUUCCACCUGAGUUUCAUUCAUCUACAUUACAUGAUUUGAUGACUCCUGAAACUGCUCAUUACUUAAAACGUCAAUUCACAGUACGAUUCCGGUGUCUUUUAGAUAAUACAUCUGGAUUUAUUACACUUGAACUUAGCGGUCGGUUGCAAUUUCUACAUGGACAAGCUAGAAGUAUGCAAUUAUCUGUUAAUUCUGAACAAGCGAAUUCAUGCAACAAUACAAAUAUAUCUAACAAGUAUAAUACUUCUUGUACAUAUAAUGUAUCAACUUCUAAUCAACAUAAUUUACCGCCUCUUGGUUUUUUUGCGGUCUGUAGUCCACUAGGACCAUUACCAAGUUUAAAUGGUCCACAACGUGAUGCAACGUUUAAAACAAAACAUCAAUUAGAUUUGACUAUUAUAACAAUAGACGCUCGUGCUCGACUUAUAUUCAAUUACUCUGACAGCGACUUACAAAAUUUCAAAGUUUAUGACUUAAUACACCCAGACGAUUUACGUUAUGUUGCUAGAGGACAUAAGAACAUAAUUUAUUUAUUCAUUUGUUUGGAACAUUUUAGCAAUGAAGAAGGGAUGGAAUUAUUGAUAAGAAGAACAGAUGAAUACAAACUACCUUUUCCAUUACUUGAACCAGAAACUUUACUUAAUGGUGAAGAACUGACAACAUGUAAUAACAACUUACAUAUGGAUAUUAAUUCACCUUUUCCAACCGGUCAAAUGAAAAUUUUUGAUCAUCAUCAUAUCCUUGGAAGUAAUGAUCAAAAAUUAUAUGGAACAAAUGUUAAAUCUGAUAAUAAAAUUAAUUUGAGCUCAAAGCAUACACCAGAACAUUUCUCUAGUCUUGAUAUAUCCGGUAGAGUUUACAGUAGACACUCUACUGAUACAAUCAACAGUUGUAUGCAAAUGGAAAGAGGUAUUACUAGAUCGGCGACGAAUAACUAUGGCGACGAUUUCCAUUUAUCUGGACUUGACAAUAAUCUACUUGAACAUUGUCUUAAUAAAUCCACUAAACAAUCUAAGGUUAUUUCAGCUACUGUUCUACGUAGAAAAAGGACAAUGAAAGAAAUAACUAAAUCUGAAGUUAAUAAAUGUAAACUUAAUCAUCGUGGUUCGUGUACUACAGCAUGCACAUAUGUGUCAAAUGCUCAAACUCCUGGUCAAUUAAAUUAUGGUACAAACAUUUGUCAAUCUACUUAUCUUCCACUGGGAUUUAAUCAAACAUUAUCAAGAGAUAGUGAGGCAUUUUAUCGAAAUCCUUAUUUAUGUUGGCCAACAAACACCAAUAGUAUGGCAACAUCAGAAAAUAUCAAUUCAAAUAGAUUAAACAACUCAGAACAUAUUCCUCAAUUAAAUUCAAGUAAAGUUGGUUUAUUCAUGAUAAAUUCACAUUAUUCAAGUCAAGAUUUAAAUGAAUUUAAUAUGCAAGAUUAUUGUACAACAAGAAAUUAUCCAACAGCGUAUGAUGCAUAUUCAGCAGCUGUUGCUGCAGCCGCUGUUGUAGCAGCUGCAACAAACAGUUAUCAAGAAAUAAAACAUCCUCGACAACAUGGAUUAAAUUCAUCACACUUUUUACCAAACACUAAUGAAUCAAAUACUCUUCGUUUUCAACAGACAUUAAAUGAUCCUAAUAUAUUUGAUUUGCAAAGAAGACAACAACAGAUAGAAUAUAGUUCAUCAUUAAUUAAACAACAAGCCAUAAUAUCUUCUAGUAUCCAACCUCCGUUAAAUAAUUGUACUAGUUAUAUUUUAUCAAAUAAUUACUUUCCACAAGAACAGUUGAUCAAUAAACAAAGUUUAAGUAAGGCUUGCAUACAAUCUAAUAAUUCAUAUACAAAAGAAUUUCUAAAGCCUAGACAUUCAGAUUCGUUGAACAGUCUUCAUCAGUCACAAAUUGAAAUCGAUGUAAAUAAUAAUAAUUCCAACACAAGUGACAAUAACAACAGUUGUAAUAAAUUAGGACAAUCAGUUUCAUCUUACACAUCUAUGAAUGUAAACCAGUUAUUCCCAGAAGAUGAUUACAGAAAUGAGUCAACAUACGAGCAAAAAGAUACUUCAGCAAAUAUGUAUUUACAACAUAAUGUUGAACAGGGAAUAAUAUAUGCUAAUCCAAUUAUUGACAAGGGGUCUUCAUCAACAUAUUCAUCUUAUUCAUCUCCGCCUAACCUAAUAAGCCCACAUAACACUGAAAUUGGCCUAGAACCAGAUUCUGGAAUCAGUCAGCAUCAACAGAGACAAAUACAAACUUCAACAAUAGUAAGAAUUAAUAGUCAGUUCAUUGACCCGAAUAAAAAUUCAUCAAGUUCUUCAAAAUGUUCUCAGUUUUAUGAUUCCAACUGCUCUAUAAAUAACUGGACUGUAAAUUCUACUCACACCAAUUAUAAUCAGUAA